AUGUCUCUUAAGGUCGUCGUCCUCGCCUGCGUGGCUGUCGUCGCUCUGUGCGACAAGGCCCCAGUCCACGCCCCUCAUCCCCCCGUUUACGCCCCUAGACCUUCCUACCACGCCCCUGCUCCUUACCACGCCCCCGAACCCGCCUACCACGACCCCAAGCCCGCCUACCACGCCCCAGAGCCCGCUUACCACGCCCCAGAGCCCGCCUACCACGCCCCAGAGCCCGCCUACCACGUCCCAGAGCCCGCCUACCACGCUCCGAAACACUAUGAAAAUGAGUACCCUGACAUCGUCAACUACGUGGACAAUGGCGACGGUCUUAUUGCUGAGGUCACCUACGAGGGCGAAGCUCAGUACCCCGAGUACACCCCUACCUACAAGCCCGCUCCCCCCGCCUACGGCACCCCUACCCCCGCCUAUGCUUAA